AUGAUUAGUGGAUUUUCUACAUCUAUUUCUGAAUCAGAAUUAUCAACUUCUGUUUCUGAUCUAUUUAUCAAUGCAUUAAUUAAAGCAAUUAAAACACCUAUUAGUUUAAAUGAAGUCAAUCCAACAUUAUCUGUUGAUAUUAUAUUAGAAAAUGAUGUUUUCACGCUUGAUGAUGUUCUUCGUUUAUCUAUUCAACAAUUUAUUCUUGCAUUAUAUGAUAAUCGUAAUGAUCUUGUACCUGAAGAUUGGGAAACACAAUAUCCUGCAUAUAGUAAAGUAUUACAAGAAGUUAAUAACGUUUUAGAUUUAAUUGGUAAACGAACAUUAUCUGAAAUACAUAUGAAUGAUAUUCGACCAUUAAUUAAAAGUUUAACACCAGAAGCAUUCGUAGAUUUACAACAAUUAAUAAGAAAAAUAAAUCAGCAAAUUCAAAAACAAAAUGAUGAAUCAGCUGAAAAAGAAGAGUUAUAG